AUGACAUGCGAUGAGAUGAAGGUGAAGGUGGAUCUUGAAGUGGAAAAGAACCAAGAUAGCUCUGUUUAUCAACCAACUUAUGCUGGUUUUACGAAAUUUACCAUGUCAUAUCAAACAUUACCAUUAACUAGACAAGAUUGUCCUCUUGAAGGAUUUUGCCCGGGAGAACAUAAUGUCCCAAAUCCACGUCAAAUUUUAAAAAUUGCUUUGAAUUUGAAAUUCUUAAUUGAUGAAACCAUUAAGGUAGCCCUCAGUACUGAUGAAAUAAUACAAGAUGGUUCCUCUAUUUUAAAUUCAAAAAUUGUAACUCUCGCAUACGAUGCAUGUGGUGGGAAUCACAAUGAUAAGAGAAAUCUCCUCAAGUAUAGAUCUGUCAUUAUCUUUGCCAUAUUAAGAGUAGUUAAAUGGAAUAAUGAACUAGCUUUGAGAGAAUUACAUGAUUCAGAAUUAUAUGAAAUGAGAUCCUUGGCUUCUCAAAAAUUAUGUAAAAUGAUUAUUGAUAAAGAAGAAACUAGAGAUUUAGAUUUCUUAUUCAUGCAACUAUUGUUACGUAAAUAUGUUAUUAAUGAGAAAGAUAAAGAUAUGGAACCAAUGAAUGCAGUAGAGUUGGCUACCGAUUUACAUUGUAUUAUAGUUAUCGGAUCAAGUGGAUUUCAAAGAUGUUUGAAAUGGGUUUGGAGAGGUUGGAUUCUUCAAAAUUAUCGAGAUCCGACAAUGUUCAUCAAGGAUGAGAAAAUUUCAUCUAUGAAAUUCAUGGACCAUUUCAACCCAGAGCGGAUCAAGACACCAAAAUAUCAAAAUAUCUUACAAAUUCUCUUCGCAGUAGUAUUUUUAAUUCUGUAUACUAUCGUGGUAAAUGGGAAAAGUGGAACCAAUGUGGUACCAUUGGAUUUCUGGGAAUAUAUCUUUUACUUAUUCACUUUGGGUUAUAUAUCAAGUGAAUUUUCAAAAUUUUAUUACAUUGGCAACGCCUACUUUUCUUUUUGGACAUGUUUCAAUGACACAUUAUAUGGUAUUGUAUUAACAUCUAUGAUAUUCCGUUUUAAUAGUUUAUAUUCAUUCAAAUUGGACAAACCUGGUGAAGAUUAUGAUAGGAUAUCUUAUAGAAUUCUUUCGUGCGCUGCUCCCUUUGUAUGGUCAAGAUUAUUACUUUAUUUAGAAUCUGAAAGAAUUGUUGGAGCGUUGCUGGUAGUCUUAAAACAUAUGUUACAACAAUCAAUAGUAUUUUUUGCAUUGUUAUUAUUGAUCAUGCUUGGGUUCCUUCAAGGGUUCUUAGGAUUAGAUUCAGCGGAUGGGAAACGUGAAAUAACUAUGCCAAUAUUAACCAAUUUGAUCAUAACAGUGUUUGGAUUAGGUACUUUUGAUAUGUUUGAUAGAUUCGCACCACCUUAUGCUGCAAUAUUAUAUUACGGAUACUGUUUCAUUGUCACUGUUAUCUUGCUGAAUAUUCUAAUUGCUCUAUAUGCGAAUGCAUAUCAAGAGGUGAUUGAGAAUACUGAUGAUGAGUAUAUGGCAUUAAUGUCACAAAAGACCUUAAGAUUUAUUAGAGCUCCCGAUGAGGAUGUUUUUGUUGCUCCUUUAAAUUUGAUCGAAAUAUGUACUGUCCCAGUAACAAGAUUGCUUUCAAUGGAGAAAAGAAGAGAUUUAAAUUAUUUAAUAAUGUUAAUUCUUUAUAGUCCGAUGUUAUUAUAUGUUGCUAUCAAGGAAGUUCAUGUGGCUAAAAGAAUUAAAUACAAUCGUUUAAAUAAUCUUCCAGAUGAUGCCAAUGAAACGGAUACAGAAUGGGAUUUGACAGAUGGAUAUUUUGGGUUUGAAGACAGUUUAUUUGAUGAUGUUGAAUCUGAGAUUGGAAUUCGUAAAACAACUUUGAAAAAUAAAAGGUCUUUAGAAUUACAAAGGGAGGCUGAGAAUGUAGACAAACACUUUGUUGUCUCAAAAGAAUGGUAUAAAAAAGUUCAAAAAUUAAAAUCGUCAUCUGAGAGAACGACGUCAAAUGGUCUGACAAAGGAACAAUUAGAAGCAAGGCUCAGGAAAACUGAAGAAAAGAUUUCGGACCUCGCAACAUCUAUAAAUAAUCUUACAGAAGUGAUUAAAGAGAAGAAUGGUUAG